GCUGGUUUAUUCUCCUCAUACCAGAGGUCCCAUCGUGCGACAGCUGGCUCUGCUAGCAAAUAGACCUUGGGAUUGGACUCUAUCAUGCCUGUGGCUCCUGUAGAUGCGAGUGGUACCGUGCUGUAUUACGAGGAUUCUGGCCCACUGGAAGGGAACUAUACGACACUCGUCAUCGUUCAUGGGACCGCAUUUCACGGAGCUUUCUUCCGCCGUAUGAUUCCCUACGCUGCUCCCAACAACCUUCGCCUCGUUCUCCUCAAUCGCAGAGACUACCCCGGCUCGACCCCACUCACCGACACCGAACUCUCCGCUCUCAAAUCGAUCUGCGAUCCCACCUCACCUACGUACAAUGCAAUUAAGUCUCUCGAAGCGCAGUCUGAUUUCUUGAAGGCGAGGGGCUUCGAGGUGGCGGAAUUCAUGGCAUGGUUUGCGAAGACAGAAAAUAUUCCGAAAGUAGUAAAAAAUGAGGAUGGAGGGAAGGAAGGUGGCGUGGCGUUGGUGGCGUGGAGCAGUGCGAAUGGUACUGCGUUGGGGUUAUUCGCGCAUUUGAAGGGGUUGAGGAGGGAGGUUAGGGAGGGAUUGGAGCCGUAUUUGAGGACGUAUGUAUAUUAUGACGGCCCACGAUGGGUCAUAGGCUUCCCACAUGAUGAUAGGUUCGACCGUCCGUUGGUCGAUCCAAACACGACACGAGACGAACGAUGGGAACAAUUCAAAGUUUGGAUUGGAUCCUACUACUCUCACAACCCCGCCGCCUUUGUUACCCAUGAUCUCUCUCUUCUCAGCGGAACUCCCAUAACCAACCCACCUCCCGAAAAGAUCGCUACGUUGGAACGCCUCUCCCCACAAGAGAUCGAAAGCGUCAGGAGUCGAUAUGCACAAUUUCAUUCUGAGGAGGUGGUGAGAAUAUUCGGGGAUGAGAUAUACAGAGCGCAUUUUAGGGAGGGUAUGUUUGGGCGUGGAGAAGGUAUUGGGUUUACCAAAAAUCAUAUAGCAGAAAAAAAUGAGAAUAGUGUGGUGUGGCCUAACGUCGGCAUCCGAGUGUUGCAGUGUCAAGAUAGCCUGUGGGAGAUCGUAAGCGCGAUUUGGGUGAUCGAGGAGCUGUACGGCGAGCCGGAGAACGUACGGAAGAGGGAGAGAGGAGAGGCAGGGAGGAAGAUUGAGUUUACGCUGAUGGAAGGGGCCAAUCAUUGCGCACACUGGGACCAGCCAGGAAGGCUGACGAAGCUAUUCGCCAAGGUAGUCUGACAGGAUCGUUCCAGGCUUGCAGGAUCUGAACGGAGGUGAUGUGCAUGGCUGAAUUUCGAGUGCUAAUAGACUUUAUAUGUUAG